AUGAAUGAUGAUUACCAAAGGACGCCUGGCUCGAUACACAAGGAAAAAUCGCACUCCAGAGCCUCCUCAGCGUCGCACUCGGACACUUCGCACUUAGCAGGAUUUGUAUUCCCGGACCUCAGAGCCAUCUACAACCUUAAAUUACACGAAAUACCUGACCUAGCCUUUACGGAGGUAACGCUGUUUGGCUUUGAAGUCUAUCUGGUUGAGCAAUGGAUUUUGGAGCGCAAGUUUUCCACGAUCAUUACUUCAUACACGGGCUCUUCGCAAGAUAUCGUCCAUGCAGUUAAAUUUGCGCUGCCAGAAUCCCCUCAUCAUUGGCCUACCCCUUUCAAAAAAUACUACGAAGAACUCACGACCUUUGCCGCGCCCAAAUGGACCGAAGACGGCACUAUGUUUGUCAGCACCUCGUCGCAAAUACCUUCUACGCUCAAUCUGCUGCACUUGGAAUGCGGUGAUUUGCGGAAGAUAUGGGACGUUUUUAAAGUGAACAUCGAUCUCAAGCGGUUGCAGUGCGGCGGCAGAUCCGCUCUAUUGCUAUGUGAACCUUCGGGGGCGUCGUGCGAAAAGUUUGCUCAACUCUACAAGGUUACGGCAACUACAAUGGGGGCGAACGAACAGGAGCACGGCCUUUCAGUACACGCAGUGGACGAGCUCGUAAGUAUGAUUCAAAUAUCAUUGACCUACUUCAACUUGCUUGACUUUAGGUUUAAGGACGGGAUCCUGUGUGUCUUUACCGAGAAAGCUAUUGUCGAUUGGUGGUCCAUAUACGGGACUGUCUAUCUGGGUUGUGAUAGACCACGUCAUGAGGGACCAUUGGGCCCAAUAACGGUGGCUGCGCUGGUUAGUCUUGUCUUGACCGUUUUUUUCAAGUUAACGGUUGUCAAUUGCAUGUCCACUAAGGAACCUUUUGACGAAGAGGCCUUUUAUGGCGGUAUUUACCAGUUUCAAAAGAAAUAUGGUUUAUUAAAGGCCGCUGGUAAAUCUGCUCCGGGCUUGGACCCGGUGACUAUUUCCAAGCUGUUCGAGGUGACGCCAAAAAUUUCUAAUACAGAUAUCUUCAAGAUAAAGAAAGUCGUGAAGUCUACAGUACAAGAUAUUGCGGGAAAAGGAAAUCCGGUUCAAUUAUCAAAUGGAAUACUGACCACAGAUUUAGACUACUUGACUAAGAAUGUUCAUGGUUCUAUUUUAUGUUUUCUCUGGCGUGGUAAAAACCUUAAAUAUUCGAACCCAAAGGGAAGGCCAAAGCAAAAAUUCCGCGAUCUGUCUUUUAACAGAGGAGAUCCCACAGAAAAGAUUUUAAAAUCGAACGUAGCCACUACAAAAGCGGGCAAUGAAGUCUGGGCGGACUCUGAGGAAAAGCUUGCGCGCGAAAACGAGUAUCAUGAGUAUGUUUACGAACCUAGAUUGUCCAAGAAUACCUCUUUGAAGGCGGAUAGAGCGGCGGUAAAAACUGGUGGGGUCGAAUCUGAGUUUAAAAGCAUGGAAUCUACUUUUCACAUUGAAAUGCACAGGAGGUCAUCUGCACCUUUCCUACCUGAAGAUGUCAAUUUAUUGCAGCUGGACUACGAGAAUGUUCCACGCAAAAUCACAGGUCAACGUAUGCUGGACUCUCGUCGUGUUAGCUUUUCCGUUAUUCAGGACGCCGUGGACGUCUGGAGGUACCCUUUCGAACCUUCAAUGGUAAAAUGUGCCCGAGAUUCUCUAAAGUUGGAAAAGAGCAUCAAGCUACAUUCCGAUGUCUCGACCGAAGUUCGGAAUGAUGCUCACUUUAGAGCUAACUGUCAGUAUGAAUCUUUGCAAGAGGUUUAUGCCCAUUUGCAGUUCAAACUCAAAGAGUUGGAUCAGUUACAUUACGGGCUGGAGGGCAAAUAUUCUCUAGCAAGGAGCGAUAUGACAGAGUUAGAUUCUCUGGUUUCCAAACUAAAGUAUGAUCUAAGGAGUUUGGAAGUCCGCAUGAGAGAAGUUGAUGAGCGUGUAGGCCAGUUUUGUUCAAAGAUAAACAAUAUGGCCUGGUCAAUUGAAAAUGAUAAGGUAAAUAAUCUUAUGACCUCAUCGCUCUACAACAACCCUAAGAAGCUUGAUCGAUACGCUCAGGAAAUUUUGGAAAGCGCAGACAAGUUUAGAUCAAAAGGAGUGUUACUCAAUGUAUGGAGGUACAUUCGAAGUUCUUCGCCAUCAAUCAUGCGAGAACUGCACCGAUCGUGGGAGUAUUUAUGGAGGGGCUUCCUUCCCCAAAAAUUAUAUGGGGACUACCGAACAGAACAGGCCCAUCCAUAA